UUCAGUGGACUGAGAUGGAAGCUGACUAAUGGGUUGAGAGUAACAGAGGAUGCUGGUGUUUCAGUGACGGGGGAGUCACCUGGGAGAAUGAUCCUCAGCUCUACUAUAUAAGACUGGGCAGAUCAAGAAGAGGACCAUGAAACAGCUUCAGAGGAAAGAAGGGCACCAAUCAACGCACUUUACAAUCCUUCUCUUGGACGCUUGACAGCGAGGAGCACAGAAGCUCAAACGAUGAAAAGCGUUCACUCUGUGGCGGCAGUCCUGCUGCUCAUCGUGAUCCAAAGCAGCUGGCAGAUGCCUGACCAGGACACAAACCGAAACCCCAUUCUAUUGGCGGAAAAUUCCAUGCUGGCCGAACCCAUUGAGCUCCCAAACAUGAAGAGACAUUCGGAGGGAACAUUUUCCAACGACUACAGUAAAUACCUGGAGACAAGAAGAGCACAAGACUUUGUCCAGUGGCUAAAGAACUCAAAAAGGACUGGGAGCCUGUUUAGACGCCAUGCAGACGGCACCUACACCAGUGACGUGAGCUCGUACCUGCAGGACCAAGCAGUCAAGGAGUUUGUGUCCUGGUUGAAGACUGGCCGAGGCAGAAGAGAGUAAAACCAACAGCUCCCUAAAUAUGCGACGAUUCAGACUGACUCUGUGCUAUUAUAUGUUUCACAAACUGUAUUCAAGUAUUUUCCUGGUCAUGCUAUUAAAUUCUCCUAAUAAGAAGCUCUGGUGGCCUUCAAUGGUUAAAGGGAAGUUUGUCAAAAUGCCAAAAGGAACAGUAUGUUUGAAAUGAGUCUUAAUCAUAAAUGCAAUGUGAUUAUUUUAUUUUAUCAAGCAUUCACACCAUAAUUCAUUUUGUUCUCAUUUUGGCUGUUUGCAUUUUCCUUCUCACAUAAAAUCUGUAAGAAUAUGUUAAAAUCACAUUAUCGAGCUGAAUUGCAACUUGGAUAAUUACAUCUGUAGAUAGUCUCAAUACCUUUUCUUAUUAUUCAGAUAAAAGUCAUAUUUAGUUUUCAAUAAAGAAAUGUGUACAAUC